CGCAGUUGGUGUGUUCCGCUGGAAGCUCCUGUAUGAGCGGAGAGUGCAGGUUGGUACCUGCGGCCGGGGAGGUGAGAUCGAUUCGGGGCAGCAUUGUGAGGUGAAUGGCCGUCUGCUGGGUCACAAACGGCUUCCCUCAACGCUGAUAGGAGCUGCGGAACAAACAUGGAGGUGAAAGGUCCCUGUGGCAUCUCUACGUCAGGUGGUGCCCUCUUUGACUCCUCUUCUAAGCAGAGAGCCCAGCUGAUCUCCGACCUCUCCGAGAAGCAGCGAGACCUCCAGGAGUCCCUAAGGCAGAAAGUCAAUGAGCUGCGGAGGCUGUGCCUGCAGGAGGCGGAACUGACGGGGCAGGUCCCCCCAGAGUACCCACUGGAGUAUGGCGAGAGACCCCCAGUCAUCGCAAGGAGACAGCGGGCGUUUCGAGUGAGCGCAGCCACCGUAACCAGAGCAGAGGAGGUACAGUUGGAGCGCUUGGAGAGGGACUUCACCCUGCAGAUGCAGAUGGCGGAGGCGGCCCGGAAACUGAGCUUGGCAGCGGAGCAGAGCGCGGAGCUCACCAUGGAACAGCGCAGGAAGCGGAGGCUUGUGUAUCUGGAUGCGCUACGUCGACUGCAGGAGUUAGAGGAGCAGAGCAACAACCUGCGCAGGAAGCUGGGCCUGAGACCCACACACAGGGUGCCACACAGUCUGCUGGAUGAGGCGUACCAAUCUGAAUGCAGCUCAUUAUCGGAGAGCGCCAGCCAUGAUGAUGUCCUAUCAUCCGGUAUGCGUCCGUCGCCUCCUAGACUGUCUGAACACUCCCGGGCUGUCUCCAACAGUCCAGAGAGAAGGGUGGGCUGGAAAGCAUCCCCUGUAGAGCUGUACUGUGAGGUCCACAACCGGCGCAACUCCAUGGCGAGUACAGCAAGCCCCACUCGGUCAUUUCCUCGGAGCCUGUCCAGUCUGGAGGGUCGGAGUGUCCCUGCUACCCCCAUUCUGAGUCGUAACGCCUGCAGCAGCUCUGCCCUGAGGUCAGACGGCUCAGGAUUAUCUCAGAGACAGUGGACUGGUAGCCAGGACUCUCAGGUGGGCUUCGCCAGCGACCGCACAAACAUCCAUUCGACGCGGAAUCGGCGUAGUAACAGCUCGGAAGCUUUGAUCGAGAGACCCCUUCCUUCAGAGACCCAGGGAAAACCAUCCUUCAAAAGUUCUGAAGCCUUGAGUGAGCGCCCUCAGCCCGGGGCCGGACCCUCUCACCACCAGCAACGGGGAACAAGAUCUCCAGACCCCCGGACCCCGAGCAGUAAUACUCGGCUUCCUUAUGAAGACAUCUUGUUGGAUUACUACAUGGAACGACAGCAGCAACAGCAGCGAGGGUGGGUGGAACCCGAUGGGCACUGGUGGGUGGAACCUGAUGCCCCAUGGUGGGCAGAUCCUGACGGCAACAGCCAUUACUCCCGACGAGAUGGCUAUUAUGAUGGGUACCCGGGAAGUCCAGCCCUGCGGAGCCGGGCAGAGACGCAACAGCGCAGGAAUCCUACCCGCAACAAGUCGUGUGGCCCCCAUUUGACUGAUACAUCCCAUUUCCAGCAACCUUGGCACUCCUCUGAUGGCUUCCAACAGCGCCCUGCCCCUCAGGUUUCCCACCCAGGGCCACGCUCUCGGAGCCAACCACGGGCUCCGCCACCUGAGACCAUGGAGAGGAAUGUGCAUAAAGCUUUGGCUCUGGAGGGACUGCGGGACUGGUACCUCCGCAAUUCGGCAGCGCCUGCUGGAGUGCAGAGGGGCCCUAUCCCUCCUCACAUGCAAUAUCAGAGAUACUAUCGCCCCGGGUACCACGAUGGACACUAUCAGGCUGGAUCCCCUCUUCCACACUCCAUCAGUUUCACUGGGGCCCCAAUGCAUGGCAGACACUUUUCAGAGUACGUCGACGAAGAACUGUACAACCAGUCGACCGGGCCCACCCGGGUGCCAGGACAGCGGUCAGCAGAGGGCACGCCGCCCGGGACUUUAGUCUGACACAGGACCCUUAAUGGACGCGCCUCACUUUCUCUCUGCGCUACGGAGCCUCUGACUCCGCCACCAAAAUGAAGACCGAUCUUCCAAGAGGAAAGAACUCCCCAAAAUACUCCACCACCGGUUCUGCGGCAAUAAACCAACACGAGUGGACUGGGCAGCGGCAGGGACUGUCCCCAAACCAUCGGCUCCGGUCUCCGCCAUCGCCUUCUAGUGCAAUAAGUAGACAAACCCUCCGAUCCUUGAUUUUUUUUUCUUCACCAAGAGGUUUGUUUGCUGCAAAGGGGAAUGUUCUAGAAAUAUAUAUAUUUUUGUUUUUAUGGCCAACAAUGCCAAGUAACUAUCAAGUAUGAAGUUCCUCCCUGGUGGGGGUGUAUGAUAUAUAUAUAGAUAACGUUUCUAUGUCCAGGUCGGUUAUGUGUUCUGUACAGUUGCAGGCGUCAGUCCCCAACCCCCCCCCCCCCACCCCCCACGGUGAAGCGAGAAAAGCGAUUUCCCUAUGGACGCUGUACUGAUGCUGCCGCUGGAAGCUGUGUCCUUCAAGAGGAUGUAGCUGAGCUCAGCGGGUGACUACUGCUAGGACGAAGACCCUCCCUACUGUAUAUUCGGCUUUUGCUGUCUUCACACUGAAUGUUAUUAAGUAGAGACACUGGAGAAAUGCUAUGGGGGGGCCGAAGAGAUUUUUUUUUUGACCCCCAGGAUGGAGGGGGCCGAGCUGGACUCGAAGCCUCUGAUUUGGUCAGGUUUGUCUUAAAGUAGUACUCCGGUGAAAAUGAACUUAUCCACAGGAAAGGGGAUAAGUAGCCGUUCGCUGGUGGGUCUGACCGCAGGUGGCCCACUCAAUAUCCAGGAUAAGACCCUGGCACUUUCAGCGAGGAGUGCGUGUCAUCUACCGGUAGAACGCACGCGCUCCAUUCAUUUCUAUGACAGCACGUGUCAUCUACCGAUAGACCGCACACGCGCUCCAUUCAUUUCUAUGACAGCACGUGUCAUCUACCGGAAGACCGCACGUGCUCCAUUAACUUCUAUCAGAGCACGUGUCAUCUACCGGUAGACCGCACGCGCUCCAUUAACUUCUAUGGGAGCACGUGUCAUCUACCGGUAGACCGCACGCGCUCCAUUAACUUCUAUGGGAGCACGUGUCAUCUACCGGUAGACCGCACGCGCUCC